GCCCCCAGCACGGCCAUGAGAGGCUGGCUUCCAACCCCAGCAGCCUGCCCUGCAGGCGGGAGGGAGACCCAGCUUUGCGGCAAGAAAGCCGCCUGUUGCUCAUCGGCGGCCUCUGGUUUGGCCAAUGGCCGGCUUAUCGGGAGGGAUGGAUGGAUGCGGAGCGAGCAGCUUUCCGGCAUGGGCGCUGCGGCUCAGGGCGGAGGAGGCCUCCUCGCGAAGGGGCCAGCUGGGAAGAGCGAGCAGGAGCCCCCGCCGCAGCUGAGCGGCUGCCAGGCCCCGCCAGGAGCUGCCUCCCAGAGGCCUCUGCUGGGGUCCUCCUGCGGGGAAAGCCCGGCGGCGGCGGCGGCGGCGGCCAACUGCACACAGAGGCGGCGCCGCGGCUCUCCUGCGCGUUGGUGCGCGGAGGGUCCCUGGAGGGCUCGCGCGGAGCUGGGCGAGACCGACCCGGCAACCCCGUCCCAGGGGAGCAGGCGCCAGCCCGACCUCCUCCACAGAGCCAGCCCAGCUGCAGCCUCUGGCAGACCGGAGAUGGGCAGCAUCACCAGGGAGCCGCCGGCCACGGGCAGCCCGCCCGCCUUGCCGCAGGAGCCCAAAGAGCUGGGCCACACGGAGCACCGGGCGGCCAUCAAGCGCGACUACCACCACCGGAUCUUUGUGAACCGGAGCCUGGCCCUAGAGAAGAUCAAGUGCUUUGGCUUUGAUAUGGACUACACUCUAGCAAUGUACAAGUCCCCGGACUACGAGGAGCUGGCCUUCGAACUGCUGCUGGAGCGGCUGGUCUCCAUCGGCUACCCGCAUGAGAUCCUGGAGUACAGAUAUGACCCCACUUUCCCCACCAGAGGUCUGGUCUUUGAUGCCCUGUAUGGGAAUUUGCUGAAGGUUGACUCCCACGGGAACCUGCUGGUGUGUGCCCACGGCUUCUGCUUCCUCAAGGGGGCGGAGAUCUGGAACUCUUACCCUAACAAGUUCAUCCAGAGGGACGACACCAAGCGCUUCCGCAUCCUGAACACUUUAUUUAACCUGACCGAGACCUAUCUCUUUGCCUGCCUGGUGGAUUUCUUCACCAACUGCUCCAGAUAUGUCAACUGCGACACGGGCUACAAGCAUGGCAACCUCUUCAUGUCCUUCCGUAGCAUGUUCCAAGAUGUCCGGGAAGCCAUGGACCACGUGCACCUCUCGGGGUGCCUGAAGGAGAAGACGCUGGAGAACGUGGAGAAGUAUGUGGUGAAAGACCCACGGGUGCCCCUCCUGCUGAGCCGCAUGAAGGAAGUGGGGAAGGUCUUCCUGGCCACCAACAGUGACUACAACUACACAGACGCAAUCAUGACCUACUUGUUUGACUUCCGGGAGGGAGACGUGGAGGAGCCCCCCUGCCGGCCCUGGCGCUCCUACUUUGACCUCAUGGUUGUCGACACACGUAAGCCGCUCUUCUUUGCCGAGGGGACCGUCCUGCGCCAGGUCAACACAGACACGGGGAAACUGCGGAUCGGCACCUACACGGGACCCCUGCAGCACUGUGCCGUCUACUCUGGAGGCUCCUCGGACAUGGUGUGCGACCUCCUGGGCGUGAAGGGCAAGGACAUUCUCUACAUCGGGGACCACAUCUUCGGGGACAUCCUCAAGUCCAAGAAGAGGCAAGGCUGGCGCACCUUCCUGGUGGUGCCAGAGCUGGCCAAGGAGCUGCAAGUGUGGACGGAGAAGAGCGAACUCUUUGAGGAGCUCCGGAGUCUGGAUGUCUUCCUGGCUGAGCUGUACCAGCACCUGGACAGCGGAAGCAGUGAGCGCCCAGACAUCAGCGCCAUCAAGAGGCGGAUCCAGACAGUCACCCACGAGAUGGACAUGUGCUACGGGAAGAUGGGCAGCCUCUUCCGCUGCGGCUCCCGCCAGACCCUCUUUGCCAACCAGCUGAUGCGCUACGCCGACCUCUACGCAGCCUCCUUCCUCAACUUCCUGUACUAUCCUUUCAGCUACCUCUUUCGGGCAACACCCAGCCUGAUGCCCCACGAAUCCACGGUGGAGCACGUGCGGACGGAGCCCAGUGAGCCGGGUGUCCUCGCAGGGCAGCGGAAGCACCCGCCCCGGCCCCAGCAGAAGCUCCAGCGCACUUUCCAGGGAUCCGACGGAGAGGAGGAAGACGACUGAGCCCCCAGCCCACCAUGCCCAUGGCCUCCCUUCCGGAAGGGAAGAGACCCUGGCACCUGCCGCCUCCAAGUGACGGCCACAAGGCCGCAGCCCUGCUGCAAGAGGCCGUGGCAGGAGGGCACCCUUCCCUGCCCCCAGCCAUUCACUCUCCUGGGCCACCCCUCCCAGCGGCUCCAAAGAUCUCGCCCCGAGUGCCUCUCGUGCUCCUGCUGGUCUGGCACAGAAAGGCCACCACCCACUUUGGCAGGAAGGGACGGCCGAGCCCAGGGUGCCGCCUUUGCACUCGGGCGGAGAGCAAGCCCUCUGCCCUGGAGCCCUCCUGCCUGCCUCAAGGCGCACGGGGACCUCCCGCAGGCCAGGCAGCGGCCCUCGGCUGGCACAGAGGAAAGGCUGCUCCACCACUGGAAGCAGCAAGCCAUGCCGCAGUCUGCACCAGAGAGCAGCUCAAGCAAGCGGCCGGCCUGCCAGGCAAGGAAGCCUUGCUGUGAGACGCUGCCCGACCCCCCCCCCCCCGCCCUUGCGAAAGCAACCUGUGUUGAAAGGCUUCUCCUGCCAGACCAGACCAAUAAAGGUGUCCAAGCUC